AGUGAAAUGUGUUUGUCAACAUUCUAUCGAUCCCAAUUUUAAUUAUUUUACGAUUUAAUUGCUUUGCAAUGUAAAUUUUAUUUAAAAUUACUACAAAUAAUACAUUUACAAUACCAAAUACAAUGACUCAUUGUGCUAAAUAAAAGUUUAUAUACUUACCGACAAAUGUGCAAAUUUUACCAUUAGUGCGUUUCAAUUUAUUUAUCAUCGAUUAACAAAAAUAACUAGUGAAAUAUAGCGAUACAUGGGCGGUUACACUUAACAAACAUCUGUUUGUGGUGCAACGAAUUAUAUUUGAGUGAAUGUCGCAUUAACGCUAGCCGAUUUAGAAAAAUCAAUAAUAUGCAGUGCUGUUGCUAAGCUGCAAUUACAUUGCACUCAUGACCUAAAACAUCCACUCUGAUGAUGUGAGAUUCUAUUCGGAAGCCGUAAUAAGAUGAUGGAAGGUAUGAUUUACCACAGAGUUACGCCGCUUUUGAAGUGCAUGGUGUUGUUUCUUUUCAUUUUCACGGCCAAGGUGCUAACGUCGAGGCCGCACGAGUCGCAGGACUCCAGGAACAGUAUACAACACCAGAAGCCCUCCCACUAUGUCAGAACAUUCACUAAAUAUCACCACAGAAGGACUAUUCAGUGGAACAGUGUUGAGCCCAGUUCGGAUUGGGCCACCACACAGGACCAACCUAAAGUUGUAGGCAAGAGAAGUAUUGAAACUCCAUACGAGUAUUUAGGCUCAGCCAGUGAAAAUGUCAAUCAAUUGGAAACAGAAUCAAUUAAAAGUGUUAUAGAUACCUUGGACACCUUAGUGAACAAGACUGGUGAUAUUGAAGUGGACGAUUCAGGAAAUAAAUUGAAAAAGAUGAAGGUGAAGGCAGCUAUUAUAGUUACCGAUGCACCGAUAACUCUCGGUCCGACAAUAUCUUGUUUGUACAAGCUGCAGAGUGUAUCACUCAGUGUAACACCAUCAUACCGCGACAAAAAGGAUGAAUUUGUUGUGGAAAAUGAAAUUUUUGAUGCAGGUGUUGUGUCUGAGGAGACAUUGCCUAGUGGAGAAGUGGCGCUGGUGGAGAAAUGCUCUGACCCAAAAGCAUUUUGUUACACCCUGUGGCAUCAGGAUUCUGAUGGGAAUAAUACAGUCCUAGGCCAAGGGUGCUGGCGGUCGUCACAAGGAGACCAAGACACAUGUGACAAGUGCAUCACUGUCACAGAGCUCUUGCCCGGGAGCAAGUUCUGCUGCUGCACCGAAAACUACUGCAAUGCCAACUUCACAUCAAUUCGCGAGGAAGUGACCAUCAAAGCGGAGUCUACAAUGAAGAGUUCUACCAACUCAAACUACUCGAGUAUAGUCGCGUCGGGUAUAUUGGCGCUUGUGGCGGUGCUGCUGAUGGCCAUCGUCUUCAGGAAGGUGUACUGCAAGAGACGGGAGCUGGAUAAGGACGACCUCAGCAAUGGAUUGGACGUGGAAAAAGGCGACGUGAUGGGCACCGGGCCCGACGCCCUCGCCACCGGCCUCACUUGCGUCGACAACUUGACGCUCAUUGAACAUAUUGGGCAAGGCAAGUUCGGUUCUGUAUGGCGAGGCAGCCUGGGCAACACGGCCGUGGCGGUCAAGCUCUACUCCAACCCGUCCGCCUGGCACAAGGAGGCCUCCGUCUACGCGAUACCGCACCUCGCUCACCCCAACAUUUUGCGAUUCUACGGCAGCGACGUCCGCGCGGCCGGCGGCGGCGGUCGGCGGCUGGUAGUGGUGGAGCUGUGCGCGGAGCCGCUGCGGGCCCGCCUCGUGCGCGCGCCGCUCACCUGGCCGCACUUCGCGGCGCUGGCGCACGGCCUCGCCGCCGCGCUCGCGCACCUGCACGCGCACACGGCGACGAAGCCGUGCAUCGUGCACCGCGACGUGAACAGCGGCAACGUGCUGAUCGGCGUGGACGGCGCGGCGCGGCUGGCCGACCUCGGCCUCGCGCAGCCGCUGUACCCGCGUCGGGAGCGAGCCGCGCCCGACCGGAUCACUGAGGCGGGCACCCUACGCUACUUAUCGCCGGAGGCGCUAGAGGGCGCGCUGGACCUGAGCGGCGCGCGCGCGGCGUUAUGCGCGGUCGACGUGUUCGCGCUCGCGCUAGUGCUGUGGGAGAUGCUGUGGCGGUGCGAGGGCGCGCACCCCACCCCCACCCCACCCUACGCCCCGCCCUACGCCCACCUCGGCCUGCCCGCCCGCCCCACACUGGCGCAGAUGCAGAACCUGGUGUCCCGCAACAAGGCUCGUCCGCCGUUGCCGCGCGGGCCGGUGCCGGAGCAGCGCGCGCUGCGCCUCGCCGCCGACACCUGCGACGAGUGCUGGGACCACGACGCCGAGGCCAGAUUAACGGCGGUGUGCGUGGAGGAGCGCAUGGCGGAGCUGAAGGCGAUGCUGCAGGCGAGCGGCCCCCUCACACACGACAACCUGCACCCGCACGCGCCAGCGGACGCCUACCCGCCGCCGGAGGCCGUCAAGAACUCGAACUGUCGGGCGCCCAACGGCGACAUAACUACGCACCUGUACUCGGAGACGCGGCGGGCCCUCAACGGCGAUGCGAGUACGCCCCUGUACACCGACUCGCGCCAGGUCCCCAACGGCGACGCGACGCCGCCCCUGUACCCCGACCCGCACAUCGGCCGCAACGUCUGCAUACAGCGCAACACCAACAACCCGCUCCUCGACCACAAGGACAAGGAGCUCCGCGCCCUCGACUGCCUGUCGGUGGCGCGCGCCCUGCCCCGCGAGCCCGACAGGCUCAACGAGAUCCGCCCCCACCCCCGCCCCCGCCCUCUCGACUACGUGCCCAACGACGUGACCGCCCCCGACGACCGCGCGCCCAAGUGCACCGACCUCCGGGACCGCGACAAGCGCCGCUGGGGCAUCCGCCGGUUCCUCGAGAGGAAGCUCGGCCGCGCGCCCAAGGAGACCGAGGUGAAGCUGAUCGAGGAGAACUCCGGCGCCGCCCCGCGCGGCCGCACGCGCACCUCGCUGGUGGCCGCGCCCCGUCCCGCCGACCUGGCCUUAGAGCCCGGCACCCUGUCCCCGCCCAACCGCACGCUGUCGCCCGCCAUGAUGGAGCUGGGCGCCGACCGCCGCCCGCCCGACGACCGCGUGUUCGCCGUCAUCGUGCCGCGCGCGCGCCCCGACGGCAGCUCCGACAGCCUCAAGCGCUCCGCGGCCUCGAGUUCGCGGGCCGCCUCCGAGUCGGAGGACUCUGCAGUGAAGCGGACCAGCGACCCGCGUCUCGCCGGCAGCGGGCGAUCCUCGCGCGCCAGCGUCGACCUCGAGCUGCAGUACAUCGGCGACGGCGCCUCCGACCCCUCCUCCGACUGCUCCAGCGGCGAGGACGAGCACCUGCUGCUGCUGGCGGACGGCGGCGCCGAAAUCACGAUGCGGGCGGUGCCGCGCCGCCCCCGCGCCGACGUGCUACGGGAGGCAAGCCCUCCGCGCGCCGCCGGCUUCGGCCGCCCCAACAGGUACGCCAACUUCGACAACGAGUUCAGCGACCCCAACGACAAGGAGAACGCGGGCGGCUACGGCGGCGACAACCCCGUGUACCUCGCCGCGCUCGCCGGCGAGAUCGACGCCGGCGACCCGAAGAUGCCGGCCGGGGAGUCGCCACCGCCGCCGCCGCCGAAGCCAGCGCUACGGGCGCUGGCGGUCGAGCGGCAGCGCUCGCUGGAGCAGGUGAGCGGCAUCUUCGCGUCGUCGGGCGACGUCACCCUGCUGAACCCGGCGGGGCGCGUCAAGACGCCGGGCGACCUGCCCGUGGCCGUGCGCCGCGCCCGCCGCGACCGCGCGCUGCAGAAGGGCCGCGCCGGCGAGUGCAACAGACUCAGCCUCUACGACGACCGCAUGAUGUUUGGCAACAGCCUGUAAAGGGGCCCCGAGUAGCGAAACACGAAUGGAAUGAGUAGAAGAGCAAAAACGAAGCGGCUCGAAAAUUUCUUACAAAAUAAUCUGAAUUGAGUAAAUAACAUGGGACUGAGCUAUUAUAAUUAUUAUUAUAAAUUAAUUGACCACAUAUAUUAUUUUGAUUGUAAGUACAAAUUGUAUGUACUUUUACGGGUAUGAGAUAUGUAACAAAUUGUUUACUGGCAACAAGGUUCGUGUCUCACAGUAGGCUUAUCAGUUAUCGGCAAAACAGCUCAGUCCUUACUUUAUGUUUAUGGUCAAUCCCCAUACUCUAUUCUAUGGCUUCGCCUCGCCCUGCAGUCUUUGAUGUGAUAAUCUCUUGUAUUUGGAUUGCAAAUUCUACGUUUGCGGUUGAUUUAGGCUUACGUUUAGUGUUUAUUUUAGUUUAUAGUCCGCCUAUUUCUUCGUGUUAACGCUUAAUGAGUAACCGAGUUGUCGUUUAUUUUGUGAUAUGCAACAUGAAUUCAGUGCUGUCAAACUUAAUUUUUCUGUAUUUUAUCGACCCAACGAUAUAAAAUAACAUUAUAUCAUUAAUUGUUUUGUA